UUAGGUGAUUGUGGCAGGUGCACGGCUGAUGUUCAGCAGGACCCUAAAGGCAACGCAGCCGCUUUAACCGCGUCUCCGUGCAUGUUGACUCGUCUCCAUCACUGUCUGUGCCCGGUAAACCUCACUCUGUCAUCUCUGGUGGGACUUUCAGCUGCUGUGCUGUGAGCUGACUCAGUGACAGUCAUGAUCCUACUGACUCCCUCCUCUGGUAGGUACUUGUUUCUUGAUCUCAUCUCAUAAUCUGGAUUACUGUAUACCUUCAUGGACAUGGGUGCCAGAGAUUACAGACUAGGUCCGCCUGUGUCAAUCUGGGCAUGAAAACAGUCUCCUAAUGUGCUGAGGAGGUUUAAUGGAUGUCUCGACGGACUAAAACAGGGUGUAGGUGUAGUUUUGUUAAAUGAAGCAGAUGUUAUGAUACACCUGUGCAGCAGGGAAGGGCAUGCAGACAUGUAGUUAUCAAACUGAUGUGCAGGUGACAUUGAAAUCGGUCAUUUAGGGCUGGUUUCAUUAAUGCUACUUAAAUUUAGUCAUUAUGAUCCCUACAGAAGGAAACAGUCAUCUUUUAUUACACAGCUUGGGUUUGGUCAGCUCUUUGCAAUCAAGGCAAAAACAUUUUAUUAUCAGUAUUAUUUUUUUAAUAACACCCUGUGUUAGAAACAGCUCAAAACCACCACUUAAUGCUGUCACGGGACAAGUAAUAUGACUGAAAAAGUUUAUUAGUUCAUUCCGCAGUCAUAACUGUGAACUGAAGCUAUGUGCAACUGAAUUCCUAUACUGUUAAAGUAGUUUGACCGUAUGUUUUGUUUUUAGUUUUUGUUUUAUUUUAUGAUAUUCACACAGAUUAGUUGGUACUGUGUGUCUGCCACAUACAUUUUCACAAUUUUCACAGCCGAUACUAAUACAUAUUUAAAUGUGUAGAAAUAAUAUCGUUGACGUCAAACUUUAUAAUCUGUAUUUAAUUGCCAUUGUUUUGUCAUUUUCAGUAAGUCUCAUUAACAUAAACACACAAUUAACUAAAAAAAAAAAUUAAAUGUAAAUACAUGUAUAGUGUCCGGUAGUUGCACGUCAAAUUGUUCCAGUUGUGAAAUUUUGCCUUGUUUUUCCUGUAGUCUCUGAGUCCGUUUCCAGGUAACAUAGCAGUAUAGUUACAUAACAAGGGCCUUCCCAUCAUGCCUUGCACUCAUUAGGCUGCAAUCCAGAAAUAGAGACCUGCUUGAAAAUGUCAAUGCGUCUGGCUCUGUCUUCAGUCCUCUUUUUAUUGCUGACCGGCACAGUGUUUUAGCCGGUUAGAGUGGCACUUUGUUUACCAUAACAUUAGCAACCCCCGAGGUUCACAAGGCACACAGAGCCUCACUAGUGCCUGGUGAUGAUACCAACUGUGAUAAUAAUGACUGCUGAUAACUGAUUAUUCUGAAUAACCGUUAACAAAAUCGGCAAUCAUGAAUUUGAGAUGCGAUGCAGAAUGUCAUCUGCAGUGUGUUGAUGUGUCAUGUUUUAACUCAAAUGCCAGGCUGUAAACUGUGCAAAAGGUCCAACUAAGAAAUAAAACGCAUGCUUUCAAGUAAAAGUGUAAGUUAUUGUUGGCUUUCUGCUGUGUCUCAUACGCUGUUUUCUUUCAGAUGAAGAGUCUCUUGAACUCGCCUGGCUUUGGAAUCACAGGAAGUUCAGGGUGAAAAACAUAAUAGUUUCUUCCAGCGGACCAACAAGCUCUUUCUCAGCGAGCAGGCCACAGGACUCCAGAUGAAGGAGUUUGCGCGUAAAAAUGCAGCUAAUGCCCUCUCAGUGGCCAACAUGGUCAUGGGCAUGGCCUCCAUUCUCAGCAGUCUUAACGGGCACCAGCAUGCAGCGUGCUGGCUGGUUCUGAUUGGCUACCUGCUGGAUUUGGCAGAUGGAGCAGUUGCCAGGCGACUCGAUGCCUGCUCUGCACUGGGUGCCAAACUAGAUGAUUUUGCUGAUUUCACCACCUUUGGAAUUGCGACAUCGUUGCUCCUGAGGACGCCAGAGCUGCUGGACAACAUCUUGUGCAUGUGCUACGUCAUGUCUGUGUUUGCCCGGCUCUGCUUUUUUGCAAGUGGGAUCCCGUUCAUGUACUGCGGUCUGCCAUGUAUCUACUCCUCGGCCAUCCUGGCCAGCGCCUCUCUGCUCUCCGGGGGCAACGUGGUGGUGCUGCGGGCCACUGCGGUGCCCAUGAUCCUCUUCAUGAUCAGCCACAGCUUCUACCCCCAUGACAGAGUGCUGGAGUCCCAGGCCUGGAAGAAAGCAGUUUAUGCUGGAGGAGUCGUCAUGGUCCUCUGCUCUUCCUUCUCUCCUGCGUGUGUGUAUUACCUGCUGUGGUCCGGUUCCUACAUCCUGUUCCCAACAUCCCUUUGGAGCUGCAAAGUGUAGGGGAGUUUGUGGCCCCAUCCCAAGCUCCCAGCAGGCGCACUACUGGCCCGUCCGGGUGAACUGAGGCUUCCAGACUGCUGCUGCCCCCCACUGCCAUGGAGGAUCCAAGCUGAACACCCUCACCCACCACUGGAGACCACUCGCUGUAUUUACCCUUUAUUUUGAUGUGACAACUCUAAGACAAACUGGAUUGAAUACUGAGGGAUGAGAGGGACGAUUUUAAUGUUGGUAUGGAUGAAUGUUUUCAUGCCGACCUGAUGUACAGUCUAGUCUGAUGCUUUGUGGCAUUUUCUUUAAAGCCAGGGAGUUGGGUGGCUUGCUCCAAAAACUUUCGCCGACAUUCACAGAAGGUUUAUCUUUCUCUCUGUAAUCUCUCUAACACAGUAUUAACUUAAUCUGCAGUCUUUUCUAUCCAGUACAGUGUUAUCAGUUUCAUUCUCCAAUCACAUGACAGGAGGGCACAACAUUAUAGAAUGUUUUCAUAGCAUAAUAUAAAAAGAAAUUAUUUCAUAGGAAAUAAUUGUGUAAUUUAUAUUUCUUAUAUAUUUUUGGUCUGUAAUUUGGUUUGAAAAUAUUUGAUUUGUAACAUCAUAGGACAACAUAACAUUUGUUUCACAUUGUUAGAGUAUUUUCAUAAGUGCUUUCUUUGUAGAGCCUAUAAUCUGCAAGAGUCUGAAAAAUGUUUUCUCACCAACUUCAGUCUUUUACACAUUUUAAAUUUCCAUAGAGCUGUCCUUUAAUCCUGGGUUCCCUAUAUUACAUGGGCAGUCUUGUGUUUACUGACGUCAGUCAGUAUUUUUGUCAGGGUUUGGGUCAGUUUACUUUCUAUUUAAUCGAUGCAGGAUGCUGAUCUUGUUUUAACGUGGACUUUUUCUAUAAAGGGUUCUUAUAUACAGUCAAUAAAAAAGGUUAUUUAGAAUGAUGGUUCUGUCAUUAUUUGAGUUGCUAUUUGAAUGUCCAUUUUGAACACAGCGAACAGAAAGUCAUCUGAUCCCAACCUUGGCUUGUAGUGUAUAAACUAGAUUUUUUUUUUCCUCCAGAUUUUCAGCUCUUACCAAGUUAUGAUUCUGUCUAAGACAUGAUGUUUUAGAUUUCAGUAUAUCCUUUAUAUUUGAUUUUUAUUGAGUACUUGUAUAUGUUUGCCUCUGUUUUAAGAGGCUUUGCAGUUUCUUUUUCUAACAUGGCCAGUAUUACAUCUGACAGGCAUCACUUUUUUGUAGAUCAGUCCUUUUUAGUAAGGACAACUUUGGCAUCUUCAUGGAAAUGGCUGUCUGUGCCUCUCUGCUACAAUCAUAUAUUGUGAGUGACAAGAUGAGUGUUUUUGGUGGUUUGUUCGGAAGCUGGAUGAGGGUAAUAGCGCAGAGCAACGGGUGAAUGUCUGCUCUCACCCCCUAUAAAAUACUGAUACCUACCAUAACUCAAAUUGUUGUAGUCAUUUAUCAAUCAGAAUGCAGGCUCUACAUAAAUGAAUCUGACACUCAGAGGAAACCUGAGCAGGCAGAGUACAAUUUCAGAAAUAAUUAAUCUAUAAAGAAAUAAAAUAGCAAUUAAAAAAAAAAAGGUCAUGUAUGGAAAUUCAGGGGUCAGUUCAAAACUAUAUGUGAAUUGGUGUUUUUUUUUUUUUUUUUGAGACAAUUCAUGAUAAUGAAUGUAGAAAAGAAGAAAAUCAGCAGUCUAAAGGGCAUCUAUAGACUGAAUAAAAGUAAUUGACAUUCAGUAGUGCAUUCAGCUUCCCUGUGUGGGUGCUCUGGUUUUAAAUCUGUACAAACUGUAAGGUCAUGGUAACGUAUGCAUGCCAAGAGCAUUGCAGGUACAAAAAAGACAUUACCCAACGAUGAAAGAAAGAAAUACCUUAAUGAAGAUCUGUAUUUUUUAAUUCUGUGCAUUUUUGACAAUAAAAUUGAUAAUAAUGAAA